AGACUACCUGUUCAGAGAACUACUAGCUCUGGAACACCAGUUCAGCAAUGUGCGACUGAGUCGUCACCGGCUGAGCACAAUCUGGGGCGGCGCCAGUCUACUGACAAUGCUCCUGCAGUGCAUGAGUGACCUUCUCCUCUUAGACUGGCCCUGGGAUUAUUUCAUCAACCUCAGUGAAUCCGACUUUCCGAUAAAAACAAACGAGGAGCUGACAGCGUAUCUUGCGGCGAACAAGGGCAAGAACUUUGUGAAGUCGCACGGCCGCGACACACUCAAGAAUGCUGGCGUCAUACCAGACAGUCGUAGAACGUCAAAGUCUCUUACACUGCAGCUCGAACAAUCACAACGAUUUACUCUUGAGAUUGAGACGUAUGACGGUGGCAGUGACUGGGUCGCUCUCAGCCGAGACUUCUGUCGGUAUCUCGUCAGCUCCGACGAUGGCCUUCUUUCUGGCCUGAAGAAAGUCUACGCGUUUACGCUGCUACCUGCAGAGUCGUUCUUCCACACCGUCAUACGUAACAGCGAGUUCUGCGACACGUACGUGGACAACAACCUGCAUGUGACGAACUGGAAACGCAAGCAGGGCUGCAAGUGUCAGUACAAGCACAUAGUUGACUGGUGCGGCUGCUCACCGAACGACUUCAAGCCCGGCGACCUCAUACGAUUGCACGCAACUGAAAGUCGACCGGUGUAUUUUGCGCGCAAGUUUGAAGCUAUUAUCAACCAGCAGAUUAUUGAAGAUGUAGAAACCUGGCUAUACGGACCAAAGCACGACU